UAAGUCGGAAAUGACGAACAACAAAAAUAAAAUCACGUUCUUAGUUUAACGAAGUAAACUGCUGACUGAGGUUGUACUGUGGUAUGGCUUCCUACAUCCAAGCAGCCUUAUUAGAAAGCAAAAGACUAUGGGAAUCUAGAGACAAGCGGCUGGACGGCUUACCGUUAAUGAGCUCUCCUUUGCCGUCCAUCAUGAUCUGCUUAGGUUACGUCUACGCCGUAAAAAUGUGCGGUCCGAAGUUUAUGAAAAACAGGCCAGCCUUCAAACUACGAGGAAUACUAAUGGCUUACAACCUCUUUCAGAUUAUUUUCAAUGGCUGGUUAUUUUACGAACUCGGCCGCUUCGGUUGGCUCAGUGGAAAUUAUAGUUUUAUUUGCCAGCCAGUCGAUUAUUCAAACAGUGAGGCAGCAAUGCGAAUCGUCAGAGCAGGCUAUUGCUUUUACAUUUCAAAGUUCAUCGAUUUAUUGGACACAUUGUUCUUUGUGCUUCGCAAAAAAAACAAUCAAAUCACCAUGCUUCACGUUAUCCAUCACGGGAUACUUCCGAUGACAUUAUGGCCGGGUGUGCGCUUCGUUUGCGGAGGACACGCAUCCUUUUUUGCAUUUCUCAACACGUUGGUGCACGUCGUAAUGUACUUCUACUACUUUAUGGCGGCCAUGGGACCAAGCUAUCAAAAGUAUCUCGGCUGGAAGAAACAUUUGACGAGCUUUCAGAUGAUUCAAUUCAUCAUGGCUUCGUUCCACUGUUUCCAACUGAUGUUCAUCGACUGUGAUUUCCCUAUCGCGUUUUGCUGGUGGAUUGGUGGUCAUGAACUGAUUUUUCUCGGUUUGUUUAUCAACUUUUACAGGAACGCCUAUCAUAAGGAAAAAGAAACACUAUCACCAUCUUGUAACAAAACUCGAAUGUCAAACAAAGAUCUCUAAAUAGCAGAAAUACACUACUGCGUUG